GCCCCUCGUUGUAGCUAUUUUCCAAAUCCAUCCUUCCAACUUUCUUGUAACAACCAAAGCCAAACAAUCCUCAAUCUCCCCGAAACAGAUAACUUAAUCAUUAAAAACAUCAAUUACACGACACAAACAAUUAAAGUCAAUGACCCUAAAGGAUGUCUCCCAAAACGUUACUUAGAUAACAAUUUUAACUUUUCAUAUUCACCUUUUAAAUUAAACCCCGAAAUUUACAAUCUUGACUUCAUUUUCCUUCGUUGUCCUUCCAAUGUUACCACCGAUCUUUCAUCAUCAUCGUUUCAAUUUCCAUUAACAUCAACUUCUUGUUUAUGCAACGAUGAAAAACAUUCGAACUUGUCUUCUUCUUCGGUUAUAUUUUUAUUGGAACCACCUUAUGCGAAUAUAACGUUGUUUGAAAUGUGUGAGGUGAUUUCAACGACUUCUGUUCCGAUACCGUGGAAGGAUUUGAAUAUGUGGCCAUUUUGGCGUGAUAUUAACAAUGAUGUUGAAUUGGUGUGGACUAAUCCUAGCUGUGGUAAGUGUGCACUUAAUGGUCAAUUUUGUGGGUUUUCUGAGGAUUUUAAAAAUAACCUUCAAGUUCAAUGUUUUGACAGUUCCUCCAAUCAAGGUCUCUCAAGAAGUGCCAAAUUCGGUUUGGCAAUAGGAGUGGGAAUACCUGCAUUUGUAUGUCUAAUUGGCUUUGCUUGCUUCUGUUGUGGUAAGAAGGGAACAACCCCACUUGAUGGACAAAGAACCUCAUCAAAUGUUCCUACACUAACAAUUUCCUUAGCACCACUCCCUUUAUUUGUAACGGGCCUUGAUGGUGCCACAAUUGAAAAGUAUCCCAAAACUCUUCUUGGAGAAAGUGGACGUUUAUUAAAGCCUAAUGACAACACUUGCUCAAUUUGUUUAUCUGAAUAUCAACCUAAGGAUACCUUGAGAAGCAUCCCUGAAUGUAACCAUUAUUUUCAAUCCUAGCUUCCGUGUACAGAAUCCAAUGAUGAACUAAAAAUGUAGGAAGAGGUUGAUGAAGCAUUACAAAGAACUUCUAGGU